AUGAAGUUGGUCAACCUCAAUCUCUUAACGAGAGUGACAAACAAUUGGUAUUUCGCCAAUUUCUUGUCGGCCCAAAUGGAUCACCCGAAUUUGAUAGACUUCUUGCGGUCGGAGGACAAAUCGUUCGAUUUAGUCAUGGUCGAAUCGUUCCUCCAAGAAUACACCGUGGCCCUCGGUCACAAGUACAACGCUCCCGUCGUCAAUUUGUCGCCGGGAAAUAUAUGGGUCAGCGCCAGCAAAUGGCUGCAUUUACCUUCGACGUUUUCGUAUGUACCGCAUUGCUGCAUAGGCGUGACGGACGAAAUGAGUUUCACGGGCCGAUUAAAGAACACCAUCAUCGGAUUUGUACAAAUGUUCGUGGAGGACUACUUGUAUAUACCAACGAUGAAGGCAAAAAUGAGCAAGCACUUCACAUACGUUGGUUCGGAGUCGAGACCUACGCUCGAGCAAAUGCUGAAUAAUGUGUCACUGACGCUGAUGAACGCUUACCACGCGGUCGGUGUGUGUCGACCGUAUUUACAGGGCGUCGUUGAAGUAGGAGGAAUGCAUCUCAAAGAACCGAAACCAUUACCCAAAGAUUUACAAGAUUAUAUUGAUUCAGCGUCUAACGGUGUCAUAUAUUUUUCUCUUGGUUCGAUCGUUAAUUUAUCGAAUAUACCAAAAGAAAAAUUGAGCAGUUUUCUCAAUGUCAUCAGUCGUUUAAAGCAAAAAGUAAUUAUGAAAUGGGUACCAGAUAAAAGUAUAAAAUUGCCACAAAACGUAAAGGUCGGUUCGUGGUUGCCUCAGAAUGAUAUUUUAGCUCAUCCAAACGUGAAACUUUUUAUUACUCAUGGAGGUUUACACAGUAUCGAGGAAGCUGUGUACAACGAAAAACCGGUGAUUGGCAUACCAUUUUUCGCUGAUCAACUUUCCAACAUGAGACUGGUCGAGAAAAUUGGCUAUGGAAAGUUGAUAACUUUUGAUCAACUAACCGAAGAAUCGUUUGGAAAUGCUGUCGAAGAAGUGAUAUCAAAUCCGGCGUUUAAGGAUAAGGCAAUGAUUCAGAGUCAGGUGUUCAGAGAUCAACCGAUGAAACCUUUAGAUCGAGCAAUAUACUGGAUAGAGUACGUCAUUCGGAACGAUGGAGCUCAAUACCUAAAAGCUGAAUCUAUAGGACUAAACACUGCGCAGUAUUUUUUGUUCGAUGUCACAUUAUUUUUCUAUAUUCUUUGA